AUGCAUAAAAAACUUGACAGACCAACAACUAGCUUAGAUGAAUGUCUUCUUGAAUUUCAAGAAAAAGUACAUCAAAAAAAGCCAACACCAAUAGCACCACCACCACUACCAGCAAAUUCUCCGCAUAAUCAACCAGAUAUUGAAUAUCAAAUACUGCAGGAAUUUCAACAUAUUUAUCGAUUGAUUAAAGAAAAUGGACGACAAGGUGAUUUUUCAAUGGAAAUUACAUUUGGUGAAUUAAUACCGAUCUAUGGAGCUGAUCGAGUCGAUAAAUUAAUUGAAGUCUUAGCAAAUACACGUAGAAAUGGUUAUAUUAAUUAUAAACUUAAAGAUUUCUUACAACAAGAUCGAGAUGAAGAUGUUGUUAUUAGAUUGAUCAAAACACCAUUUUAA